CCCGGGUGUCAAUCUUCCAAACUAGCCGCUGAGUGGCUCCUCAGCCCAGCCGGCUGAUUGGCUCCUCCCGGCCCCACGGGCGCUCCCCCUGCCGCCGUGGGCUGCCCCAACCGAAAACCAGACUUCGUUAAACCACAGCACCAGGUAAGGAGCUACCUGCCCUGCCAAGAAUCUGCGGAUGGGCUGGUGGAAAAACCCAGUGUCUUCCAGGGACAGGAAAAAAUACUGAGGCAGAGCAGGUGCGCAGAGGAAAUAAGCGACUUGUGGAACAAUGAGGCGGCUUGGGCCUGGGUUGGUGAAGGGGCUGUAAGCCCAAAGGACUGUGCUUCCCCAGGGGGACAGCGCCCUUAUGGGUUCCCACCAAGCUUGGGGUGGCUUUGACAUAAAACAGGUGUGUGGUCUGGGAUGAGUGCGCCUGAUGGGAAAUAGUGCCUGUCUCCCACACUGGUGUCCAGCCUGUUCACCAAGCAUACCAGCUCCACAGAUGGGGAGUGGUGUUGCACUUUGAAGAGCAAAGAGGAGAUCUACUAACCCUGUCAUCUCUACUGUUGAUUCCUUAGGUGUGCCUGGCUAGAACAACCCUACUUGCAAGCAGAGCCUUUUUCUGCUCUUCUUUUGUGCCCCCUAGGAAGAGAAUGGAAUUUGCUCACUGACAUUAAGGAAUCCUCCAAAUUCUGCCUUAAAUAAACUACCUAUAUAGGGCCUGAAGGAAAGGAAGGCAGAAAAAAAAACCCUGUUGGGAAGCAGGUAGGCAGCUGAGCUCUGCUACAGUGGGUGGUGGGAGGUCUCAGCGUAAGGAGAUGGGCUGCAGUGCUUCAUGCCAAACCACCUCCAGCUGGCCCACCAUGGCCUCAUUGAGUGCUCCCAGCCCAGCUGUGGUACAGCCAGUCUGCAGUGCUUGGGAGGAGGCAGAGAGCCCAGCCCAACCUGCCAGAGGGGACAGCUCUGACAGCCACCCCAGGAGUGAGGUGGAAUGGGAUGCAAUAUUCCCCUCCUGCAGCCAUGUGAGAAAAACUUUCCCACCACAGCCCAGUGCUCUGCUGGAAAUGGGAAUUAAUUCUGGGAAGGGGAUAGUCCCAUCACUCAUGACUAGCAUGGCGGUGGUCCUAAGAUUUACAGGGACCUGCCCUGAGAUGUCUUUGUGGCCAGCAGAGGACUGGGGGAUGCAGUGGGGGUGCUGUGGCAAGGGACGGGAUGGUGAUGAAUAGACAGAGGUGUGAGGGAGGUGAGUGCGGAUGAAACAGAGGGGUCUGGGGAUGCAGUGCAGCUCUAGGAGAGAAGGAGCAGGCUGCUGGAGCCUGGCCCAGGCACCUUGGCUCCUGAGGAGAGCCCAGGCACACGUUUAACCUGGCUCCUGUUCAGGAGCUGCUGUCAGGACUCAGAUUAGCAUGAAGGUUAUUUUCAGUCAAAUAUUUCUACAGCCCACCCCUUUCCCCUCCCUUACAGUGAUUGAAUUUCUUUUUUCCCAUGGUCCUCUGGAAAAGAGGAGGAGAAGAACAAGCAGGGCAAAAGGGGUGCCCGGGAUCGCUGUGUGAGAGAACUGCUUUGUGUCCAGUCAGCUCAGGACAACGCAGCCUCACCUAACACAGAGGCCAGAGUCUUGCCUGGGCCAGGUGUCCCAAGCAGCUAUAAGAGCUGCAGACAUCCAUCUCCUCAGUGAGAGGCAGGUACCCUGCAGUGAUGGCCAGGCUGCUGGCCAAGACCUGCUGCUUCAAAGCUCUUUCUCAGGCUCCCAGAUGCCCCUCUGGGCUGGCGGCUGCCAGAUCCUGGAGCCACAGGCCUCUCACUGCCUACAUGCCUGAAGCCGUCGCCUUCCCCAGAUCCAAGGACCACCAAGAUUUAUACAAGUUGUCAGUGGGGCAGAGUGACAUCUUCUGGGAAGCACUAGGAAGGAGCCGGCUCACCUGGAUUACCCCCUUCCACUCUGUCCAGGACUGCAACUUGUACCAGGGCAGAAUCUCCUGGUUCCUGGGUGGGCAGCUAAAUGUGACAGUGAAUUGUCUGGAUCGUCAUGUCCAUGUAGCCCCAGACAAAGUGGCCUUAAUCUGGGAGAAGGAUGAACCUGGAGAGGAGGUACGGGUGACAUACAGGGAACUACUGGAGCUGACAUGCCGCCUGGGAAAUACCUUGAAAAGGCAAGGGGUGAAGCAGGGUGACAGGGUGACAAUCUACAUGCCCCCAUGCCCACUGGCAGUGGCUAGCAUGCUAGCCUGUGCCCGCAUUGGGGCUGUGCACGCUGUGGUGUUUGCUGGCUUCAGUGCAGAGUCUCUCGCUGACAGGAUCCGGGAUGCCCAGUCAGAGACGGUGAUUACAGUGAACCAGGGGCUAAGAGGUGGCAAGGUUAUUGAGCUAAAGAAGACAGUGGACCAGGCCGUGAAGCAGUGCCCUGGAGUGAAACGAGUUCUGGUUUCUAUGAGGACCACCAGCAAAGUUCCCAUGACAGCUUUAGAUGUGCCCCUGGAGGAGGAGAUGAUGAAGGAGGAUACAUGCUGUGAGCCUGCUGUCAUGGACAGUGAAGACAUGUUGUUUAUUCUCUACACUUCAGGCAGUACUGGCAAACCCAAGGGCUUGGUUCAUACCCAAGCUGGUUAUUUGCUGUUUGCUGCUCUCACACACAAGUACGUGUUUGACUACCAGGACAGGGACAUCUUUGGCUGUGUGGCAGACAUUGGCUGGAUCACCGGACACACCUACGUGGUCUACGGCCCCCUCUGCAAUGGUGGUACCACUGUCCUUUUUGAGAGCACUCCUGUCUAUCCUAACCCUGGCCGCUACUGGGAAACAGUAGAGAGGUUAAGAAUUAACCAGUUCUAUGGGGCACCCACCGCCAUCCGCCUGCUCCUGAGAUACGGCAAUGAAUGGGUGAAGAAGUAUGACCGCUCUUCUCUUAAACUGCUUGGCUCAGUGGGGGAACCCAUCAACAGGGAGGCAUGGGAAUGGUACUUCCGCGUGGUUGGUGAGACACGAUGCCCAGUAGUGGACACUUGGUGGCAAACUGAAACAGGAGGCAUCUGUAUCUCACCCCGUCCUUCUAAUCCUGGAGCUGAAAUCCUUCCAGGCAUGGCUAUGAGACCCUUUUUUGGGAUCAGCCCCUGCCUCUUGGAUGACAAGGGAAAUAUCCUUCUUAAAAAUAAUGUCUCUGGAGCUCUUUGCAUCUCACAAGCCUGGCCUGGUAUGGCACGAACCAUUUACAAUGACCACAAGAGAUUUCUGGAAACUUACCUGAUUCCUCGUCCAGGAUUUUUCUUCACUGGGGAUGGUGUGUAUCGUACCAGUGAGGGCUACUACCAGCUAACAGGACGGCUGGAUGACGUCAUUAACAUCAGUGGACACCGGCUGGGCACUGCAGAGGUGGAGAAUAUUGUGAGUCACCAUGUGGCAGUGGCAGAGUCUGCUGUCAUUGGCUGCCCCCAUGAGAUCAAGGGAGAAGGAGUCUAUGUGUUUGUUGUGCUGAAGAAGGACAGUGGCUACACAGAGGAGACUCUUUCUGCUGAGCUACAGGAGCUCAUCUCAAAGAAGAUGGCUAAGUAUGCAGCUCCAGAUUAUGUUCAGGUAACACAAGCAAAUUGGUCCAACACCUGCACUGACAGAUUGGCUAAGCCCUUCCUUCAGUCUUGGCUCUGUUCCUCCCCAUUACAGGUCACACACCAGCUGCCCAAGACACGCUCGGGUAAGAUUAUGCGUCGGGUGCUCCGAAAAAUUGUGGAGAACAAGGCCAAUGAGCUUGGGGACCUAACCACCCUGGACGACUAUGAGGCUGUGCAACAGAUCAUAACGGGACACAAGCACCUUGUGGAGCGGCAGAAAGACAACUAGCUUGGCUCUGCCAGCAGCCAUUUCCUCCUCCUUCACUGCAAAACCAGGGAAACAUCCAGAAAAGCCACUGAGCAAGUCGUGGCCAGUAAGUUGUCAGAUCACAUCUCCACUGCAGUCUUAGAGUGACCUCUCCACAAGAAGAGACCUUCA